UAAUAGAGACGUCAUCGUUAUCCAGGUCCUUAAAGGAAGGUAAUAUAACGAGACAAUAGUGUUGCAUUAGUUCCGGGAGGCGUCUAUAAAAUAAAUUUGUUUUCAUUAAGAAAAUUAUAAUUGUGUGCAAAUAAAUAAAACACCUGUAUUUUAUAUAGUACGUUAUUUCAAUAUUUUAGAACGCAGUGUAUUUUAGCAUACACCCUAGCAGGACCUUUACAAUGGCACCAAGAUUUGCUGGUUUCCCCUGGUUUCGGUUAGCUGCUCCCAGCCCAAAUAUGCUUGCAGGGAUCGAGGCUUGGUCCUGACCGGCUCCGGUAGCUCGAGACCGGUUGCUGUUCGGCGCAUUGGCGCUUAGCAUUAGCGAGUCCUGCCAGCGGAGCUCCAGCUCGACAUGUCCGGCGUGGCCGCUGCUGCUGUCGCGAGCGUUGGCGGCUCCGGUGCGGGCUCGGGCUCGGGCGCGGCAUGCGGGGCUUCGGGGGUCGCCGGUCGGUUACCGAGCCGCGUUCUGGAGCACAUUUUCUCUUAUUUGGAAUUAUCGGACCUGAUGCGAUGCUCGCUGGUUUGCUGGCACUGGAACAACUGUUUGGCGGAUGAAAACAGCGAGGUGUGGCGAAGUCAGUGCACGCGCUUACUCAGCGAAGAGGCGCUGCGCUCCGACAUCCUCUGCAACCUGGCCACUUACAAAGGAAAAUUGAAGUCAUUUCAGCAUGCAUUGAGCUCCCACGACUGCUCCAGGAACGUGUACGUUAAGAAAAAUGGAUUCACGCUCCACCGUAACCCGAUUGCUCAGAGUACUGAUGGCGCUCGUGCAAAAAUUGGCUUCACGGAAGGUAGACAUGCCUGGGAAAUCUGGUGGGAGGGGCCACUAGGAACAGUGGCGGUGAUUGGCAUCGCAACCAAGAGGGCGCCCAUGCAGUGCCAGGGAUAUGUGGCGCUGCUGGGGAGCGAUGAUCAGAGCUGGGGCUGGAAUCUUGUUGAUAAUAACCUUCUUCACAACGGCGAGGUCAAUGGAAACUUCCCACAGUGCAAUAACGCACCCAAGUACCAGUGGCACCUGUCAAUGUCAGUGGGACAUAUUAGGCAGCAAGUGACCAGUCAGUCUUCAAAAUUGAUGUGUUGGAAGCAGGAAAAAUGGGCAAAUAUAGGAGAGCGAAUACGUGUGAUUCUAGACAUGGAUGACAAGACACUGGCGUUUGAGCGAGGGUUCGAGUUUCUCGGCGUGGCAUUCAGGGGACUGCCCAAGACCUGCCUCUUCCCAGCCGUUUCAGCUGUUUACGGUAACACUGAAGUCACGAUGGUGUACCUUGGAAAACCUCUAGAUGGCUGAGGAGCAUCUCAGUGCCAUGCUGAUAAAACCACAUGCCAAGGAGGCAUCCAGAUGGCAUAAUAAUGACUGAGCAGUCCACAGUGUGAGAGCCAAUUCGUCUGGGCAGAAAUGUGCAGAUUAUAAACCGGGAUUAUGGGUGAAAAUCUCCAAAGCAUGCCCCCUGUGGAUUAAGGAAGUCUCUGGAUGGCUGAGGACAAUUGUUUUUAAAGCCGAUUUUGAUGUAAUUUAUGAAAAGACACUGGGCUAUGUCCCAUUUAUAGUUAAUUAAUCCAGCCUGAUUCAGUGGCAGGUUUGAACCAUUGACCACAGUCACAGAAUGCAUUUAUAACACAUUACAGCGAUGAGGGACUGUAAGUAUUGUAUUUAUACAGUAACUGGAUGGUUUUAGAAUUUUACUUUGCACCACAAAUACAACCCAUAUAUAGGCAAAUGACAUGCCAAAAACAAUUUCAAUUACCUCUACACAGCUUGACUAUUUUUAACUUAAAUGCAAGACUGCUUCACUAGAUUUAGUGCUUUGCAUGCGGUGUAGUUGAAGCUGUCUGUUGCCAUUGAUGUUUGUGCAGGAAAUCCAAAAGAAAUUGUCAUGUUACUGUAAUACUUAACUGUGAUGUACUAGUGUAUGAUAUUAAUUUAUUAGGUUUUAUCCUUGGUAUCACUGAGGUUGUGGGACCGGUAAAUAAACUAUAUGGUGCCAGUCUGUGAAA